CACGAGGCCCCCACUCUGCUGUCACCCAGCUGCACCCUUUUUCACAGCAGGAGAACUUUAGGCCCAGGUUCCAGGGCCCCUCCUCUCCCGCCACCAGCCCCGUGCCCGCCCCACCUGCCCAGGCCAAGACUGGUGAGAAGCUGAGUGGGUGGCAGGGCAGCCAGACCACCCCACGUGUCUCUGUGCCUCAGGGCACCAGGAAGGCCAACCUCGGCCCCUGGCCUUGGCUGUGUGCCUCCACCCAGGGCCAAACCAGGCCAUGCUGACUUUCAGAAACUACUGACACAUGAGGUGAAUGAAGGAGAGAUGGUUCUCCCACAGGACUUGGUGAGCAGAGAGAGGGGAGUGGCCCCCAUCAGGCCCUUGCAGAUGUUCCUCAGGCAAAGGGCCUCUGCCCCCUAAUCCCCACCCCACCCUGAAGAGCCAGCUGGGGACCAUCCUGUGAGGGAAGGACCUGCUUCCAUCAGGACCCCCGUGCACUCAGCCACACCCCUCCACUUCCCUCUGGCAACAUGGCUUAAAGUCAUAGGUCAGGACCAGGGACAGGGUGUGGCCGCCUCGGGCACUGGGCGGGACACAGAGCCUUUUACAGCCGGGAUAAAGUCCUCCCUGAUUUAAGCCCAAGCAGCUUGUACUGAAGCUGAUACCCUGGUGUCCCAGCCUCGCCCGAGAGCCACGUCCCCAGCGUCCCAGCCUUGACGCCCUCCGCCAUCGCACAGGCAUGCAGGGGGCCUGGGUACCUCUGCUGCUAGGCCUGCGGCUCUCCCUUGGCUUCAGCCCAGGUAGUGAGGCGCCUCCCAGCCGCCCCCCGACACAGGGGGCUCCCCGAGGCUACCUGAGUCCACUCUCCCCUUGGCCAGUUGAAGAGGAAAACCCAGCCUUUUGGAACCGCCAGGCAGCCCAGGCCCUGGAUGUUGCUAAGAAGCUGCAGCCCAUCCAGACGGCUGCUAAGAAUCUCAUUCUCUUCCUGGGGGAUGGGAUGGGGGUGCCCACGGUGACAGCCACUCGGAUCCUAAAGGGGCAGAUGAAUGGCAAACUGGGAGCGGAGACGCCCCUGGCCAUGGACCAGUUCCCGUACGUGGCUCUGUCCAAGACAUACAACGUGGACAGACAGGUGCCAGACAGCGCAGGCACGGCCACCGCCUACCUGUGCGGGGUCAAGGCCAACAUGAAGACCAUUGGUGUAAGUGCAGCUGCCCGGUACAACCAGUGCAGCACGGUACCCGGCAAUGAGGUCACAUCUGUGAUGAGCCGGGCCAAGAAAGCAGGGAAGUCAGUGGGAGUGGUGACCACUACGAGGGUGCAGCAUGCGUCGCCAGCUGCCACCUAUGCACACACGGUGAACCGUAACUGGUAUUCGGACACGGACAUGCCUGCCCAGGCGAAGAAGGAGGGCUGCCAGGACAUCGCCAUGCAGCUCGUCUACAACAUGGACAUAGAUGUGAUCCUGGGUGGAGGCCGAAAGUACAUGUUUCCUGAGGGGACCCCAGACCCUGAAUACCCAGGCAACACCAGUGAGAACGGAAUCCGGAAGGACCAGAGGAACCUGGUGCAGGAGUGGCAGGCCAAGCAGCAGGGUACCCAGUACGUGUGGAACCGCACUGCGCUCAUUCAGGCAUCUAAGGACCCCAGUGUAACACACCUCAUGGGCCUCUUUGAGCCAGCAGACAUGAAGUAUGAGUUCCAGCGAGACCACACCAAGGACCCAUCCCUGCAGGAGAUGACCGAAGUAGCCCUGCGUGUGCUGAGCAGGAAUCCCCGUGGCUUCUACCUCUUCGUGGAGGGAGGCCGCAUUGACCACGGUCACCACGAAGGCAUAGCUUACAGGGCGCUGACCGAGGCGGUCAUGUUCGACAAUGCCAUUGCCAAGGCCAGCCAGCUCACUAGUGAAGCAGACACGCUGAUCCUCGUCACCGCCGACCACUCCCAUGUUUUCUCUUUCGGCGGCUACACACUGCGCGGAAGCUCCGUUUUCGGGCUGGGUUUUGACAAGGCCACUGACGGCAAGUCCUACACCUCCAUCCUCUAUGGCAACGGCCCGGGGUACGUGCCUCCUGGAGCCUCAAGGCCCGACGUCAACGAGACCAAAAGCAGCGACCCCGCGUACCGGCAGCAGGCGGCCGUGCCCCUGAGGAGCGAGACCCACGGCGGCGAGGACGUGGCGGUGUUCGCGCGCGGCCCGCAGGCGCACCUGGUGCACGGCGUGCAGGAGCAGACCUUCGUGGCGCACGUCAUGGCCUUCGCUGCCUGCGUGGAGCCCUACACCAGCUACUGCCACCUGCAGCCCCCCGGCGGCCCCGCCGACGCCGCGCACCAGGCCGCCUGCCCGCCCUUGCUGGCGCUGCUGGUCUCGGCGCUGCUGCCGGUGCUGCUGGCGACUGGCCCGCACUGACCCACACCCGCCCCGGGCCUCAGGGGCUCCUGUUCCCGCGCAAGAGCCCCUAGCCCAGGCCACACCCGAGCUGCCACCUCGGAGUCCCCACCACGGCGUCCCAUCCUGGCCACCGCCCCCGCGUCCCCCACCCGGCCCUCCGC